AUGAAAAAGGAUAAGAUGACAAACGACAAGGCCGCUGCGCUGGAAAUUGCUCUCGGCAGCAUAGAAAAGGAUCACGGCAAGGGCGCAGUGAUGCGCUUGGGUGAAAUGAGCAACAGCCUUGUAACGGAAUCAAUCUCCACCGGGUCCCUCGCAAUAGACCUGGCCCUGGGCACCGGCGGCGUACCACGCGGCCGUGUGACCGAAGUAUUCGGCGCCGAGUCUGCGGGUAAGUCCACUCUGGCCAUUCACAUUAUGUCCGAGACUCAGAAGGCCGGAGGCGUCGCCGCCUACAUCGACGUGGAGCACGCAUUGGACCCGACGUAUGCCGCCAACUGCGGUCUGGACCUGAAUGCGCUGCUCAUAUCCCAGCCAGACAGCGCAGAGCAAGCCCUCGACAUUACCGAGCAGCUGGUCCGCAGUGGCGCCAUAGACGCCAUCGUCAUCGACAGCGUCGCCGCUCUGGUGCCCCAGGCCGAGAUCGAGGGGGACAUGGGAGACACCCACGUGGGCUUGCAGGCCCGGCUGAUGUCACAAGCCCUCCGCAAGCUUACGGGUACCAUCCACAAAUCCAAGACCGCCGUCAUCUUCAUAAACCAGCUCAGGGAAAAAGUGGGCGUCACGUACGGUAGCCCCGAGGUCACUCCCGGUGGGCGAGCGCUGAAAUUUUACAGCUCGGUCCGCAUCGACCUGCGCCGCAUCGAGUCCAUCAAGCAGGGUUCUGAGAUAACCGGCAACCGGGUCCGGGCCCGCAUCGUGAAAAACAAGGUCGCCGCCCCGUUCCGUGUCGCCGAGUUCGAUAUCAUGUUCAAUCAGGGCAUCAGCAAGGUGGGCGACCUGCUGGAAAUUGGCGCCUCAAAGGACAUCAUCAAGAAGUCCGGAGCCUUUUAUUCCUACGGCGAGACCCGGCUGGGACAGGGCCGGGAGAAUGCCAAGGAAUUCCUCCUGCAGCACCCUGAGAUUGCCGCCUCUGUGGAAAACCGCAUACGGGCCAACAGCGAUCUCGUUACCCCGUCGCCGGAUCUCGACCAAAUGGAAGAAGACGAGAGCCUCCCCUCCGGCAGCGCUCCCUCCCUCAACGGUUCAGAACCAUCCUCCCUCGACUAG